AUGUCUUUCCGUCACCACAUGAGCGACCAACACUACAGACCCUCCGACAUGGACCAGGAAACCUUGCAACUGGUGCCGGACUUUGUCUUCCCUCCUCGACCCAUCACCGAACAGUCUGCCAUGUCAAGCCCUAGACGACCAGUGUCUAUGAACUUGGCUCCCAACUCAUACCACGCUCGUUCCCGGUCAACGCGACAAUCCACUUCAGCGCUGCCCACUUUCAGUUUCAACUCAUCAGACACUUCCGGUCGCCUGGACAACCAACCUCCGUCACCAACCGCUCUCACGCCUCCUACCAGCCCACCCAAAAGUGCAGGACAUCGCAGAGGAGCAAGUGAGCUGGUAGGCGGAGAUAGUCGCAUGGGUAUCGGUGGCAUGUUAGGUCCCAGCCCCUCGAAACGUCUCGACGCUCUACCUAUCCCGGACCUCGGUGCUUCACCGUCUCGUAGACGCGGCCACGCCCAUCGUAGAUCAGCAGCCAUAUCUGGUCACGAUUUGGCGAGCAUCCUUCAGCCGAAGGACGUCAACGUCCGACCGCAAACCUCUGUGCCACAAACGCCAACGGAGUCUUUUUCUCCAACACAUCAUCCUUCGCCCAUCAAAGUAAUGGAUGAGGAGCGCAAGUCUAGCGAAAGUUCCAUGACAGUGAUCUCUCCGUCCAGACUCCCUACAGAAGAGCCAAUCGCGCGCCCACCCUCCAGGCCCCGCGUCGGAUUUUCCGAGAAGAUUGAAUUUAUCCCGCGACCUCUUUCAACAGUCUCCGCCGACACUGCCAGUUCUGCAUCGACCGUGCGUGGUCACUCCGUUGGAAACAGCAUGUCUUCCCUCAUCAGCCUCGGUGGUAUCGGAUAUCCUUCUCCUAGAAGGGCAAUGGUUACGAUUCCUGACCUUGGUGCCGACAUCUCGCCUCGAUCCGCGCCGACAAACGAGUCCAACACCAUGGUCAUCACGGAGCCUCCGGUUCAGAUAGUCCCUCCGCCCUUCAAACUGCCUAACAACAGCUUGUCUUUCGCUGCAGAAUCCACGAGCGAUAGUUCACGACUCUCAAAGAAGAAGACUUUCUUGAAGCUCGAUCGUCGUCGCAGUGAACCUCUGAUUUCCUUGACAGCAUCGUCGGAUAUUGGAACUUCAACCAUCUCUCUGCAAGAGCCUGUUGUUUGCGAUGAUUCUCAACUCUCCGCGAGAAAACCUGAAGUUAUCGACCAGGGUCUGCAACGCGUAUCUUCGCGAAAGCGGGUCAAGAAGUGGGCAACCUCGAUUCUUGGUCGCAAAGCCAAGGAUGCAAAGAAGGCAAAACAGGGUACCGAUGCGGCAGAAGAGAGCGAGAGCGGCGAACAGACUCCUGAUUUCGGACCUCAGCUUUCGGAACCAUUCGGAGAGGAGCCCGACCUGGACGCCCUGUUCGGCCAGGACCCUUUUACCGAUGCUGACGAUAUCACAAGUCCUUCUAUCCUCUCUCCUCGGUCGGAAAUGUCGGAUUCCUUCUUCCCUUUCCUCGCGCCUUCGUCACCAGGUGGCGAGGACACCAGUCCCGUUAUUGACCUGGAUGCCGCUCUUGGACCCUACGGAACGCCCACGAUGAGCUGGGAAGAAUCACGUCCCCUCCAAAAGAGAAGACAACUUCACAGCAGUCGUUUGGCGAAAGAUUUCACUGGACCAGGCAUGCACUAUCAUCGUAGAACCGAGAGCGCACCUGCAUUAGUACCCUUUGUUUUUGCUGGUAGAUCUAGCUCGCCAGGACAGUCACCGAUGGAUGAUGUUUUCGAAGAGGAAGAAGACGAAUCAUCUGCCGAGGCUGUCAAAGAACCUAGUAUCUGUGACGCAUCAAGCCAGGCAGACGAAGAUUCGGGCACUGGCAUUCAGAUUGUCGACACAGCGAGCGAGCAGCUUGAGCCAAACUUCGACUGGAGUUUCGAAGACGGCCUAGGAAUCGAACCUCAGGGAUCCUUGAGAAGUUCUUCGAGUUACGAUCAUCCGCAGCGUCAACCUACUCCGCCGCGCACAUCGGUGGUGGAGGAUACCAUCGUCGAAGAAGUAACGUUAUCUGAAGUUACAGCAGACUACCCAGAGCCUCGAACUUCAUCUAUCACGAAAUCUUCAGACUCCAGUGGAGCUCGCACCAUUUCGGCCGAGGACACAGGUCUUGGUCCCCCUUCUUCACACAACGCCCCGCUCACUCCGACGUCUAACAUCGCAUCGACCUUCUCCUCGCCCGAUUUCGCGCGGAAUCAAGGAUCAUUCGAUGCACUACGACUCGGCACUUCAGCAUCCUCGAUUGGCGACGCUCGUACCAUGAGCUCUUUCACAACUGCAGAGCCAAUGCCUGAGCCAUACAUGUCGGCUGAUGACGUCCCAUCCUUGACGAGCAGCCGUUCUACCAUGAUCAGCACUAUGUAUCAAACCAGUCCUCGUCGGGACACGAUGGAUCGACCUGUAUCAGUCGCAUGUGGCAAUGGUCAAGCAGAUGUACAGGCCUCUGAGCGUCGUCGCAAGCGUUCGAGCAUUCAGAGCUUGAGCAUGCUUCUAGGCGGACCCUUUGGCGAGAGUAGACACAGUCUGAGAACAGAACAACGUCCGCAGACAGCUAUCUCGCCUUCGGUCCACCAAGAGAGCAAGAGGAAGAAGGAGCAUCGUCUGAGUAAGCUGAUGUUCUGGAGAUCCAAAAGCGAUUCACGUAACAACCCUUUUCAGUCCAAGUGA